AUGAAUGCCAUUGUGUUCCGCUGUUCCAGUCUUCUCAGGAACCAAUACAAGCCAUCUGGACUCAACAGUAUUCGGAUCUACUCACCUGCGACGAGAUUGGUGAGCAGCAUGUCGCAGCCUGUGCGACCGCGGCGGUUCGCACCGUUGGAUCCCGCGAAAAGGAUGGAUGGAGAUGAGAGGCCAUUAUUGAAGGGAAUCGUCUUUGAUGUCGACGGCACAUUAUGCUUACCACAAAACUACAUGUUCGCGGAGAUGCGGUCAGCGCUGGGUAUUGAGAAGCCAACGGACAUUCUGGACCACGUCUACUCACUGCCCGAGAGUGAGCAAGAAGAGGCACAGGAAAAAAUUCGUGACAUUGAACGCACGGCAAUGAAGUCGCAACAGCCGCAAGCUGGCCUUGUGGAGCUCAUGGAGUACCUAGAUUCUCGUGGCAUCAAGAAGGGCAUCUGCACACGCAACUUCGAUGCACCUGUCACUCAUCUCCUUACCACCUUUCUACCGACAUCAGAAUUCAGCCCUGUUGUAACGCGGGAGUUCAGGCCCCCAAAGCCUGAUCCGGCGGGAAUCCUGCACAUUGCGAAAGACUGGAUGCACGAAGACGGAGGAAAGAGUUUGAUCAUGGUCGGCGACUCGAUUGACGAUAUGACGGCGGGUUAUCGUGCUGGAGCCGCGACUGUGUUGCUGGUCAACGAUGUCAAUAAGCAUCUUGCUGAGCAUCAGCAUACUGAUUUCGUCGUCAAGCGGCUGGAUGAUCUCAUCAACGUUCUAGAAAAUGGAUUCGAAGGACGCGUAGAGGCCGACGAGGAGAUUGCAGACGCAAAGAAGCAAGUGGAGGAAGCUGUUAGUAAGAAUUGA